AUGGCUGCCACCAGCCUCAGCUCCUCCUCCCCGCCCAGGGUUACUGCAAAACUAGCAGGAGUCUCCAGAUCUUCCUCGCUCUACACCCAGCUCCGCUUCUGCUCGAGGCAGCCCUUCCAGAAACCGGCAACAGCUGCAGCCUUCCGGAAGCUCCAACCCGAGCUUCUCCUGCUGAGCUUGCCGGCUAGGAAUAGGCAUGCAAGAACCAGCAGCCGAGCCACGGACAACGACCAAGCGGCGCCGGCCGCGGCGCAAGAAACGACGACCCCCUCUCCUGUUCCUCCGGCUGCUCCCAGCCCCAGCGCCGAGAAAUCCCCCGUGACGCCGGGCAACGGCCAGCCGCAGCAGCCGGUCGCCAACGCCAACGGCAGCGCGCCGAGCGAGCCGCCGAAGCGGGCGCCCCUGACGGCCCGGGAGCGGCUGCGCGCGGCGCGCGUGCUGGGCAAGUACGCGGAGCCGUCGGCGAAGGGGGCGUCGUCGUCGCCGUCGAAAUCGAAAUCGAGCAAGCCGGAGUUCGGGAGCGGGGUGCUGGACGCGCUGCGCGAGGCGGACGCGAAGAAGGCCGGGGGCGGCGGCGGGCGGCGCGGGUCGCGGCUGCCCGAGGCGCCGGGCAACCUGUUCGACGACAGCAAGCGCGGGAUGCCCAAGGAAGGGUGGACGUUCGAGCUGCCGUUCGGGGUGGACGUGUUCCUCGUCCUCGUGUCCUUCACGCUCAUCACCACCAUCAUGUUCGGCACCGCCUUCCUCGUCUGGAAGCUCGGCGGCAUUCACUUCAACGAGUACUAG